UAAAAUUUGGUAUGGAGAAGCAAGCUAAGGAAAUCGUUAGGCAGUUUAACAAAGAGCAACCACAUCCUUUCUACUCAAGGAUUGGAAAUGACAGGAGAACUUAUGUACCCAUCCAAUAUGUUGCAAACUCACGGAGGUAAAAUGUUUCACCCUGAGAUGAACUAUCCUCCCAGAAAUGUAGAGUUUUAUGCAGAUAGCGCUCAAUACGAAUCCAAGCCAUAUAAUACCAUCAAAAAUAUGCAUUUCAAAAGAGUAACAAGGUCAUCAGAACCAAAUGAGAACUUGAUCGUUGGGUUCAGAGGGACAGAUGUCAAGGAAGCCUCCUUGCCUCAUACCUCUAUGGAAGACUUUAAGCCAAUAAAUAUGCGAAAUUUAAAGUUGAGCAAGAAAUAUUUCAGCAAGCACCACAAAAAUCACAGCCACUUUAACGCUUAUUCAGAUUACAUCACCAAUAUGGAAGAGUUUAAGAAGGAUUCUAAUGUAAACUAUGCCAAGAACUUGAGGAAAUCCUUUGACCAUGAGCCAAAGCCCCAGUCUUCAACUUCAAGGCUGACGAUCAACGAUUUUUCACCAGGAAAACAGAAGCUGAAUGACAGAGACAUCCAGAAGCUAGCACUGCAAGGAAUGUUUGAUUAUCCUCAUAAUCGAGUGAACAACCAAUGAGUUGAAAAUAUUGACUUGAAAGAGGCAGAUAAAUAAAUACUAUAAGAGGUUUAAAGCCCAUCACGACAGGAACGCAACUCUUGAAGAUGCUCAUUUCAACUCUCUCCAACCCAGAAGAUUAACCGACAAUAAGCAUAACUCAAGCAGGGAUGAUAUUGACUCUGGCGGGUUGCAAAUAGAUGAGCCUAAAUAUGGAGCCCCAAUAGUCCCUGAGAACCCUUACAAGGACAAUCUUGAACACCUCCCUGCUAAGAAUAAGGAAGAGUUUACGAAAUAUGAGCCGAAUCCUCACAAUCCAUCAAGAAAUAAUUAUCAUAACUUUAAAAAUUAUAAUAGUGAGAAGAAGUUCUCGAGCUUGCCAGAGCUUAACAAUAGCAAUUCUACCAGAGAGCCCAGCCAGAAUACCAAAAAGCCACAAAAAUACCAGAAAGGUAGCAUAAAGAUAAACCAGAGCAAGGACAGCUACAAUCCUCACUUAAACAGUCAAAAUAUCACUAAAUAUUUCGAUUGUCUCAGAAGAAGAGACCCGAUCCUGUCAAGUCUAAAGAUGCCUGAGGGAGCCCAUUACCAUGGUAGUAUCCAAUAUUAGUUGAGCAAAAUUAUAAAAUUCAAUAAUAA